GAGCCAGAGGUAUGGAAAAAUGUGUGCCGAGCACUUGUGAUGUUGUUCGAAGUUUGAGUGGAUCGCCUGCUCCCUCAUGUGCGUAAUAUAGUUGAGUAGAUGCUACAGAGGACUCAAGAUCAAGAAGAAAAUGUGGCUUUAGAAGCCUGUGAAUUUUGGCUAACUUUAGCUGAACAGCAAGUGUGCAAAGAUGUAUUCGUAAGGCAUCUUCCCAGGUUGAUUCCUGUGUUAGUGAAUGGCAUGAAGUACUCAGAUAUAGAUAUUAUCCUACCUAAGGGUGAUGUUGAAGAAGACGAAAUGAUUCCUGAUAGUGAACAGGAUAUAUGGCCACGUUUUCACCGAUCAAGGACAGUGGCUCAGCAGCAUGAUGAAGAUGGAAUUGAAGAGGAAGAUGAUGAUGAUGAUGAUAAUGAAAUUGAUGAUGAUGAUACAAUUUCUGACUGGAAUCUAAGGAAAUGUUCUGUUGCUGCCCUAGAUGUUCUUGCAAACGUGCAUCAUGAUGAACUGCUGCCAUAUAUAUUGCCCCUUUUGAAAGAAUUACUUUUUCAUCAUGAAUGGGUUGUUAAAGAAUUAGCCAUCUUGGGUUUAGGAACAGUUGCUGAAGGUUGCAUGCAGGGCAUGAUUCCUUGCUUGCCUGAGCUUAUUCCUCACCUUAUUCAGUGCCUCUCUGAUAAGAAGGCUCUUGUCCGUUCCAUAACAUGCUGGACUCUUAGCCGCUAUGCACACUGGGUAGUCAGCCAGCCACCAGACACGUACCUGAAGUCAUUAAUGACAGAGUUGCUAAAACGCAUCCUGGAUAGCAACAAGAGAGUACCAGAAGCUGCCUGCAGUGCCUUUGCUACCCUAGAAGAGGAGGCUUGUACAGAACUUGUUGCUUACCUUGCUUAUAUACUUGAUACCCUGGUCUUUGCAUUUAGUAAAUACCAGCAUAAGAACCUGCUCAUUCUUUACAAUGCCAGAGGGACAUUAGCAGAUUCAGUAGGACAUCAUUUAAACAAACCAGAAUAUAUUCAAAUGCUAAUGCCUCCACUGAUCCAGAAACGGAACAUGUUAAAGGAUGAAGAUAAAGAUCUUUUCCCUUUACCUGAGUGUCCAUUUUCAGCUACCACAGUGCUGCAGUCUGGCUUCCUUCCAUACUGUGAACCUAUGUGUCAGCAUUGGGUAAACCUAGUACAGAAGACUCUUGCACAAGCCAUGCUAAGCAAUGCUCAACCAGAUCAAUAUGAAGCUCCAGAUAAAGAUUUUAUGAUAGUGGCUCUUGAUUUACUGAGUGGCCUGGCUGAAGGACUUGGAGGCAAUAUUGAACAACUGGUAGCCCGAAGUAACAUCCUAACACUAACAUAUCAGUGCAUGCAGGAUAAAAUGCUGGAAGUUCGACAGAGUUCUUUUGCCCUGUUAAGUGACCUCACAAAAGCUUGCUUUCAGCAUAUUAAGCCUUGUGUAGCUGAUUUCAUGCCAAUAUUGGGAACCAACCUAACUGCAGAAUUCAUUUCAGUCUGCAACAAUGACACAUGAGCAAUUGGAGAAAUCCCCAUUCAAAUGGGUAUAGAGAUGCAGCCUUAUAUCCCUAUGGUGUUGCACCAGCUUGUAGAAAUCAUUAACAGACCCAACACACCAAAGACGUUGUUAAAGAAUACAGCAGUAACAAUUGGUUGUCUUGGUUAUGUUUGUCCUCAAGAGGUGGCCCCCAUGCUACAGCAGUUUACGAGACCCUGGUGCACCUCUCUGAGAAACAUAAGAGACAGAGAAAAGGAUUCAACAUUCCGUGGAAUCUGCAUCAUGAUCAGUGUGAAUCCCAAUGGCAUAAUCCAAGAUUUUAUAUUUUUUUGUGAUGCUGUUGCAUCAUGGAUUAACCCAAAAGAUUAUCUCAGAGACAUGUUCUGUAAGAUCCUUCAUGGAUUUAAAAAUCAAAUUGGCAAUGAAAAUGGGAGGCAUUUCUCUGACCAGUUUCCUCUUCCCUUAAAAGAGCAUCUUGUAGCUUUUUAUGGUGUUUAAUGUAAUACACUUAAGCUGCAGUCCCAAAAUUAGGGGUCCUUCAGUCUUGGAGACUAUGAGGGAGCCUCUGCACCCAGGGAAAAUGCUACCCUUCAUGGGGGGAAGGGUAAACCAGUAGGGAAUACAGUAUAAUCUCAACCCUACUGGGAGGGGUGGGAGGGAAGUGUUGCCAUCACUGUAUUAAGUUGACGUUGGGAAACGUUUUAACAUCUGGAGGCUUUGUGGGUGGAAAUAUGUCUCCAGUUACAACUCCACAGUGGAUGUGAAGAGGGGGAAAAAAAAAGAAGAAAAAGAAAGAAAGUGUGGCCGGGCACAGUGGCUCAUACCUGUAAUCCUAGCACUUUGGGAGGCUAAGGCAGGUGGAUCAGUUCAGGUCAGGAGUUUGAGACCAGCCUGACCAACAUGGUGAAAAAAAUACAUCUCUAUUAAAAAAAUACACGCGCACACACACAAAAUCUAGGCAUGGUGGAGGGCACCUGUAAUCCCAGCUACUUGGGAGGCUUAGGUGGGAGGAUCACUUGAACCUGGGAGGUGAAGGUUACAGUGAGUUGAUAUCAUGCCAUGGCACUCCAGCCUGGGCAACAGAGCAAGACUCCUGUUUAAAAAAAAAAAAGAAAGAAAGAAAGAAAGAAAGGGAUGGGGGGAAUGCUUCAUUAAUGCAGUUGUUUAAAUAUAUUGUGAUUAAUCCAUACAACCAAACUCUAAAGAUGUAUCUUAAAGAACAAGGCACCUCUCUGUGUACUGAAAUGUACUGUAUGUACAUUUGUACUGAAAUAUAAGCAUAAGCAAGUAUGUGCUGUCCACAUACAUAUGUGGAAAGAGUCCGUAAUGCAUUAAGAGGAGAAAGCGUGCAUUAAAGGAGGUAUUUCCCAUUUUGGAGGCAGGGAGGAAAAUCUGGCAUGCAUGUGUGUGAGAGAGAGUGCAUUAGAAUAUGCGCAGAAAACACAUCUGCGAACGCAUAGCGCAAAUGCUUACUAAUGGAGAGGAGGGGUGCUGGCCAGCUUCCACUCUGUCAUGUGUUUCCAUUGUGUUAGACUUACUGAUAAUGAGUUCACGUGACUUUUGUAAUCCUAGAGAGGGGACAGCAUGUGUGAAGGUCUGAAGCAAUAGAAUGCAUUAGGGAAAAUACUAAAAUUGGCCCAAAAAGGAAAAAAGGAUGGCAGGAAGAGAUGAGAGUGGAGAGGAAGGCGGCAGGCAGAUGGCCCAGGGUAGCCUACGCUCUGCCAAGGAGUGUGGGGUUCAUCCCAGUGCAGCAGGCUUUCUUUGUCCUCACUGGCAGCUCCUCUCAGUCUAUGAGGCUGCCUCCUUGUCUUCUGCCCACAUCUGACUGUGGGAGCUUCUAAUCUAAUCCCUUAGGAGGCCAUCAACUUUACUUAGGGCUGAAGAAUGUCUCAUUCACUCAAUAAACAUUUACAAGCCCCAGCACAGUGGCUCACGCCUGUAAUCCUAGCACUUUGGAGGCCAAGGUGGGAAGAUCACUUGGAUCUAGGAGUUGGAGAGCAGCCGGGGCAACAUAGCAAGACCCCAUCUCUACAAAAAGUAAGAAAUUAGUCAGGCCUGGUGCCACGCACCCGUGGUCCCAGCUACUUGGGAGGCUGAGGUGGGAGGAUCGCUUGAGCCUGGGAAGUCAAGGUUUCAGUGAGCCGAGAUCUUGCCACUGCACUCCAAUUUGGGCAACAAGCAAGACCUUGUCAAAAAAAAAGAAGGAAGGAAAGAAGAAAGAAAGAAAGAGAGAGAGAAGGAAGGAAGGAAGGAAGGAAGGAAAGAAAGAAAGAAAGAAAGAGAAAGAAAGAAAGAGAGAAGGAAGGAAGGAAGGAAAGAAAGAAAGAGAAAGAAAGAGAAAGGAGAGGAGAGGAGAAAGAAAAUAUUCAUAAAGAGAAACUGGAAUCCCACAGGCUCAGUCCUGAUGAGGGUGGUCCUGCUUCCUCAUCUCUUCUCUGUCUACACUGUCUCCUGUGACACCAUCCAUGUUCUUGGCUGUGUAAAGCAUCUUCAUGUGCCCCUCCCACAUCCUCUCUCCUGCUUGGUCUCCCUCUAAGCACAGACUUGGGAAUAUAACUGCCUCCUUGGCACUUUCAUCUGAUAGGCAUCUCACAUCAAAAACUCAACUCUGGCUUAUAGCCACCCGCCAAUCUGCUCCUGUUUUAAUCUUCAUCUCAGUAAACAGUGCUACCAUCCACCCUGCUGCCCAGGCCAGACACCUAGGAGUCUUCUUUUUUUAAUUAAUUUAUUUAUUUGAGACAAAGUAUUGCUCUGUCACCCAGGCUGGAGUGCAGUAGCACAAUCUCAUCUCACUGCAACCUCAGCCUCCUGGGUUCAAGCAAUUCUCAUGCCUCACCCUCUGGAGUAACUGGGAUUAUAGGCGUGUGCCACUACGCCUGGCUAAUUUUUGAAUUUUUAGUAGAGAUGGGGUUUUGCCAUGCUGGCCAUGGCUGGUCUCAAAUUCCUGGCCUCAAGAGAUCUGCCCACCUCAGGCUCCCAAAGUGCUGGGAUUACAGGUGUGAGCCACCACACCCAGCCUAUUUUCACUCUCUUAAUGAUGUCUUUGGAAGUGCAAAAGUUUUGAAUUUUGAAGAAGUCUAAUUUAUCAACUUUAUUGUGAUCUAUCUAUCUAUAGAGCUAUACAUACAGACAUUUCCUGAUUUACGAUGGUUCAACCUACAAUUUUUGACUUUACUGUGGUAUGAAAGCCAUAUACAUGCAGCAGAAAUCAUGCCAAGUACCCAUAAAACCAUUCUGUUUUUCACUUUCAGUACAGUAUUCCAUAAAUUAUGUAAGAUAUUCACCACUUUAUUAUAAAAUAAGCUUCGUGUUAGAUGAUGUUGCUCAACUGUAGGCUAAUGUAUGUGUUCUGAGCACGUGUAAAGUAGGCUAGGCUAAGCUAUGAUGUUUCAUAGGUUGUGUAUUAGAUGCAUUUUUAACCUGAUAUUUUCAGCCUACGACGGGAUGUAACCCCAUCAUAAGUCAAGGAGCAUCUGCAUAUAAUGUUUUGUGUGUGCAUAUAUUUUUAAAGUCUAGCUGACAGUAUUUGGUAAUGAAUUAGAUUUUGGGUAGAGAAGAAUUAAGAAUGAUUCCAGUGGUUUUGGUCAAGCAAGUGUCUAAGAUGGGGGAAGCCUACAGAAGCAGGAAGUUGGGGAUGGGGGAUCAGGAGCUCUGUUCUGGAUGCACGGAGUUUGAGCUUGUCUGUUAGAAAUCCACGCAGAGAUGCUGAGAGGCAGGUGGAAUCUGGAGUUCAGAGUCAUUUCAUAGAUUAGGUGGCUGAGUGAGGUUGCAGAAGACCAACAGGGGUGAGAGGGUGGACUGAAAGGAGGAGAGAAUCGAGGCCUGCCCAGGGCCUCUGCACUUAGAGGUUAGAUAAUGAGGUAAACCCAGCAGGAAGAUGAGAAGGAGUGGCCAGUGAGGUGCAGUUAAUCUUCCUGAACGUCAGUUUCCUUGUAAUAACUAGGCAGCAGUCAUGAACAGUACUUCCUUCAUAGUGUGAUGGUGAGGUUCCUGGAAUGUGCGCUAAAAGUGCUUAGAGCAGCGCCUUGCAUGUAGGAGCUGCUCAGCGCAUGUUAGCUAAACAUGAGAAUCUUCUCUCUAAACCUUCUAAAGAAUUGUCAGACCUUGCCUGAUGGCCUUAGCUAUCAGGAGAGAAAAUCUACAGAGAAACUUGGAGCCCACCUCGGCCAGGUGGCCUGGGCACAGUAGGAUGCCAGCUGCUCAAGGGGAGGACUGGGCACUGCACUGAGUCUGCUGCCCAGAGCCUGGCACCAUUGGGAUGGCUGAGGCACACUGCCAAGCCAGCAGAUUUGUGCAACAGACUUGGCUCCCAAAAGGGAGGCCCAGAAGGCCCAGACACCCUCAGGAAUAGGGCCUGGCUGAAGACUGUGAUUAAGGAGGUGAGAGUUUCAAGUCUGGUAAUUUUGCUAGUAAACAGAAAUGUGACUUCAUUUACAUUCCUGAGCCUCGAAGCCUGGACUUAAAGAUGAAUCCCCAGUGGGUGAGGCUGGGUACCAGAAGUGGCUACAUAAUUUGCAGAGCCCACUGAACAUGGAAAUGUGGAUCUUUUGGUCAUGUGUCAUGAGGGAUGUCAAGGCAGUUAUAGCAGAGCAUUAAACCAAGUGUGGGGCCCUUAGCACCGGGGCCCUCUGUGACUGCACAGGUCGUAGGCCCAUGCAGCUGGCCCUGUCUGGCCCUGCCUGGUUUCCAUCCACAAUGAUGAAGGAGGACAGAGUCUGGAAGGUUGAAGAGGGAGGCACUAGACAUUCGUGGGUGGAGAGACCGCUGUGGCUACAGUGUGGAGAAUGGGUCACGGUGAGCAGGAGUGGUCAGAGCUGUUGGAGCUUUAUGCUGAGAUGGGAUGAGGUCUGCCCAGAUGGGUGGGGAGGGGACAGGAGAGGAGUGGGACCCUCUCUCUGGGGAGGUUGCCCUGCAGCUUCCUGUUUCUCCCUGUUUCCUGCUCAUUGGGCCUUUUCUGCCUUCUCCUCAGGAAUUCUCCUGGGACUGCCAUUCUGGGAUGUGCAUAUUCUUUUAUUCCACUCCCUUUUGUAGAGAUGGAAGCUCCCCCACUGGUGUGGGGCUGAGAGCAGAUUCCCCCCCAUCGACAGAAAUGAAGACACCACAACCCCUCCCUCACGGCACCAUUGCUAUCCCUUCGGGAACUGUAGCUUGAGAUGUCCUGUUGAGUCACUUCACAUCAGCCUCUCAUUGGCAACCUUUGAAUGUCUAUGACAUUCAAAGACAGAAAAAGUAGGCCAGGUGCGGUGGCUCACGCCUGUAAUCCCAGCCCUUUGGGAGGUCCAGGCGGGCAGAUCACCUGAGAUCAGGAGUUCGAGACCAGCCUGGCCAACAUGGUGAAAA